UAAACUUGGUCACAUCAAACUCAACCAACUUGGAGCCCUCCCCAUUCCCACUUCAAAUAGGUUCCCAAUCUCAAUCCAAUUCGACUCGAAAUCUCUCAGUCUUAUAAACGACUCUAGUUACAACUAGCUAAAAUUCGAACAGUCCAAUUCCAACCACCUUGCCUAACUCCCUUAUAUGUAUCUUAUAGUUUGUCACUAGUUCAAAUACACCUUCCUUUCUGGAUCUUUUAUUUCUUUGAUCUAGUUUCACAACCCUUGUACUAGAAUCCCACAAUGCCACCUGUGCACUCUAGCCCUUAUUUCCAAAUGGAUAAUCCAACCAUACUAUCUUUGCUCCGGCAAACUACCGGCGAGAAGCGCUCUAAGUCUAGUUCCGGCGGGCUGCUUAAAAUGUUCAAGCUUUUCCCCAUGUUAACCUCAGGUUGCAAGAUGGUUGCACUUCUGGGCCGCCCUCGAAAGCCUUUACUUAAAGACAGUGCUACUACAGGUACCCUUUUCGGCUACCGAAAAGGGAGAGUAAGUCUAGCCAUUCAAGAAGAUCCUCAUUGCAUGCCGAUGUUUGUUAUAGAACUACCGAUCCAUACAAGUACUUUUCACAAAGAAAUGGCGUCAGAUAUCGUAAGAAUCGCUCUAGAGAGCGAGACGAAGACUCAUAAGAAGAAAGUGCUGGAAGAGUUUGUAUGGGCUGUGUAUUGUAAUGGAAGAAAAAUCGGCUACUCUAUCAGAAGGAAGCAAAUGUCCGAUGAUGAGCUUCAUGUUAUGCAGCUUUUGAGAGGCGUUUCAAUGGGCGCCGGUGUUCUUCCGAGCCCAAAUGAGAAGGAAAGUGCAGCCGAUGGUGAGUUGACGUACAUAAGAGCAAGGUUUGAGAGAGUGGUGGGUUCCAAAGAUUCUGAAGCUUUGUACAUGAUUAACCCUGAUGGUGCACCAGGGCCAGAACUGAGUAUUUUCUUUGUCAGGGGUCAUUAGAUUCUAGGAUUUUUCUAUGUUUAGACUUAACAUUGUAGUGUGGUUUUCAAAUUUACAGUCUCAUUCCAUGGAUUUUCAGUGUUGAUCACUGUGUGCAAUAUCCUAAAUUUUAACAUAAAUUUCCCUGGAAAUUGUUUUAUUUUCA